GCUAAUUACCCCAGGUCCCAAGUCUCUGGUUGCCUGGUGACAACGUUUGACCACAGAGGAAGAGGAACGGGACAAACUGAGUUUCCCAUGACUGCUUCCUCAGACUGAUCAUCAGCCAAUCAGAAACAACAUCUCUCCAGCACCCUUGCUCACUGAGACAACAUGGCAAAGGGUGGGAAAGCCCCUAAGGGCAGAAAGAUCACCCUCAAUGUGGCCAAGAAUUGCAUCAAGGUCACAUUCGAUGGGAAGAAGCGCUUGGACCUGAGCAAGAUGGGAAUCACCACCUUCCCCAAAUGCAUCCUACGACUCAAUGAUGUGGACGAGAUUGACUUGAGCCGGAACCUCAUCAGAAAGAUCCCCGACUCCAUCUCCAAGUUUCAGAAUCUGCGAUGGCUAGACCUGCACAGCAACUACAUCGACAAGCUACCUGAGUCCAUCGGCCAGAUAACCACCUUGCUCUACUUGAAUGUCAGCAACAACAAGCUCACUACCAAUGGACUGCCUGUGGAACUGAACCAGCUCAAGAACCUGCGCACCGUGAACCUGGGUCUGAACCACCUGGACAACGUGCCCACCACCCUGGGGGCGCUGAAGGACCUCCAUGAGGUUGGGCUUCACGACAACCUGCUGACCACCAUCCCCCCCAACAUCUUCAAGCUGCCCAAGCUGAAGAAGCUCAACACCAAGCGGAACCCCUUCCCCAAGACAGAUGACAUGGAUGCCUUUGUAGAUACCAUCAAGAGGCUGGAAACCCUCUAUCUGGUAGAGGAAAAGGAUCUCUGUUCAAACUGCCUUCGCAAAUGUCAACUGGCCCGGGAGAAGCUGAACAAAAUCAAGAGUACAGCCCCAGCAGCACCGAGAAAGCCAGUCUUUGCCAAUUUGGUCUCACCCAACUCCGCGGCCAAGGAUAACCAAGAAGACUGGAGGAUGCAUCCUGCUGAGUCUUCCUAGAAUAGCUUAUGGCCCAAUCAUGAAGCCUGAUCAGCUAACAGGAGUAAAUGACUAUGAAGAAGAAAAGCCUUGUAUCAGAAGACAAGAGUGGCAUGGGAGGAACAUUGUGGAAGCAGGCUCUCUGGUGCUGCCCAAGCCACUGAUUUCCUCAUUUAUGUACCUUCAUUCUCUUUCCUUCGGGCUACCUGUAUAUGAAAAUGACUUUGG